UCUAAACAACACAUUCUAAAAGGUUCUUAUUAAACAAAACAUCUAUGGGAGGUGCUUAUUCUCAUUCCAAUCUGAGACCAUGGUUCUCAAAUGGAAAAGGGUGGCUUGCCAACUCCGGAUCGGGAGAGAGGUCCUGCCUCAUGUUUAAGUAUCUUGGGGUCUUGUUCACGACAGAGGGGGGAAGGGAGCGGGAGAUCACUAGGCGAAUUGGGAACCGGUCUGUUGUGGUGAAGAAGGAGCUGAGCCAGAAGACAAAGUUCUCGAUCUACAUCCUCAGCCUUGCCUAUGGUCAUGAGCUUUGGGCAAUGACUAAAAGAACAAGAUCACGGAUACAAGUGGCCAAAAUGAGUUUCCUCUGGAGGGUGGCUGGGCUCAGCCUUAGAUAUAGGAUGAAGAGCUUGGACAUUCAGGAGGGACUGAGUAGAGCUGCUGCUCCUCCGCAUCGAGAGGAGCCUGCUGAGGUGGUUUGGGCAUCUUGUCAGGAUGCCACCUGAGCACCUUCCUGAGGUGGUGUUUCGGGCGUGUCCUGCUGACAGGAGGCCCUUGGGUCGACCCAGGACAUGUUGAAGCAAGUCCAUCUCCAAUCUGGCCUGGGAACGCCUUGGGGUCCUGCCAGAGGAGCUGGUGGAGGUGGCCUGGGAGAGGGCUGUGUGGGAUGCCCUACUUGAGAUACUACUCCUGCAACCCAGAUAAGGAACAAACAAACAAAAAAGCUAUAAUUGAGGUCUAUUGAAAAGCUAGGUUGACUGCAGCAGCUUGGAAAAACCCAUUUUACUUGAUUUUAGAAUAUUUUUUCUGUGUCAAAAACAAAUUCUAAAGCCCUACAAAGCCAAAAUGAUUGGAGACAUGUUGUCUCAUCAACCUGAAAACAUUUAAUUUAUAUAUUUUAUUUCAUUUUUUUAUCAGGACAAUAUCUAUGUGAAAGACUAAUGGCAAAGUAAUACACAUAUACUAAUAAAUUCCAAAUCCAACAUGAUAAUGGUGCAGCCAUAUUGACCUUUGAAAUUUGGGAUUGUGAGGAUCCUGUAAGUUUUAAAGACAUCAUUCCAAAUUUUUGUUGUGUUGUAUAUUGUUAUUUUUUGCAUUGUUGGCUGUCUACACAGGUAAAAAAAAAAUUUGUUUAUUUUUUGUUCCGCUGGGGGGCAUGAUUGGUGCUCAGUAGAAACACGUGUGCGCAUGCGCAGUUGACUGACAGCCGUUGAAGCUGAAGACCGGUCGCUCAGAGCGUGGCGAGUUCAGUAGGAGAGACCUGAGUGAGAGGUGAACAGUUUUCUCCCCUGGGAGCCUUCACAAUGUUUAGCCCCGCUGCCCGUGGGUAGGUAACAUCUCCGACGGCUCGCUGAGCAAAUUAAAGACAUGGCAGCCUCUGAACUUUACUCCAAGAAUGCCCGUGUGUGGCUCCCAGAUGCAGCAGAAGUGUGGAAAUCAGCAGAGCUUCUCAAAGAUUACACUCCAGGUGACCUGACACUGUCUCUACAGCUGGAAGAUGGCACGAAAGUGCAACAUAAAAUUGACCCACAGACCAAGAACCUACCCCCUCUCAGAAACCCUGACAUCCUGGUGGGGGAAAAUGACCUCACAGCGCUCAGCUACCUUCAUGAGCCAGCAGUGCUGCACAACCUUAAAGUCCGCUUUACUGACUCCAGGCUGAUUUACACCUACUGUGGAAUUGUCCUGGUUGCCAUCAAUCCUUACGAGAGCCUGCCCAUCUACGAAGCUGACAUCAUCAAUGCAUACAGUGGGCAGAACAUGGGGGAUAUGGACCCCCACAUAUUCGCAGUAGCUGAGGAGGCGUACAUGCAGAUGGCCAGAGAUGAAAAAAAUCAAUCUAUCAUAGUAAGUGGUGAGUCUGGAGCUGGGAAAACGGUGUCAGCUAAGUACGCGAUGCGUUACUUUGCCACAGUCAGCAGCUCCUCUGGGGAAGCCAAUGUAGAGGAUCGAGUUCUCGCAUCCAAUCCCAUCAUGGAGGCCUUUGGGAAUGCCAAGACAACGAGGAAUGACAACAGCAGUCGCUUUGGGAAGUACAUAGAGAUUGGAUUUGACAAGAAGCUCUGUAUCAUUGGUGCCAACAUGAGAACUUACUUACUGGAAAAGUCCAGAGUUGUGUUUCAGGCCCAUGGAGAAAGAAACUACCAUAUAUUUUAUCAAUUGUGUGCCUCCUCUCAUCUACCAGAGUUCAAAGCCUUCAAGUUAGGUUGUGCAGAUGACUUCUGCUGCACCAACCAGGGUGAGAGUCUAGUCAUAGAUGGAGUUAAUGAUGCCAAAGACUUGUGCAGCACCAGGAGGGCAUUCACAAUAUUAGGAGUUGAUGAAAGUAACCAAAUGGACAUUUAUCAGAUUCUGUCAGCAGUUCUCCAUCUGAGCAAUGUGGAUGUGAAGGAGGAGUCUGCAGAUAGAUGCAGCGUUCUGCCAGACGAUGCCCACCUGGUCGUUUUCUGUGAGCUCGUGGGGGUGCCUUGUGGAGAAAUGGCACAUUGGUUAUGUCACAGGAAGCUCAAAACAGCCUCAGAAACCUUCGUUAAGUCUGUUUCCAAAAUAAAUGCGAUCCACGGCCGGGACGCUUUAGCCAAACACAUUUAUGCCAAACUCUUCAGCUGGAUUGUGAGCAGCAUUAACAGCGCCUUAAAGUCAUCAGAGAAGCAACACUCCUUUAUUGGUGUUCUUGACAUUUAUGGGUUUGAAACAUUUGACAUCAACAGCUUUGAACAGUUUUGUAUCAACUAUGCCAACGAGAAACUCCAGCAGCAGUUCAAUCUGCAUGUGUUCAAGUUGGAGCAGGAGGAGUACAUGAAAGAGGAGAUCCCUUGGACACUGAUUGACUUUUAUGACAACCAGCCUUGCAUCAACCUCAUCGAGGCCAGAAUGGGCAUCCUGGACCUUCUGGAUGAGGAGUGCAAAAUGCCCAAAGGGUCAGACGACACAUGGGCUCAGAAACUGUACAACACCCUGCUGAAGCAGAACGCUCACUUUGAUAAACCCAGGUUAUCAAACAGGGCCUUCAUCAUCCUCCACUUUGCUGACAAGGUGGAGUACCAGUGUGUGGGCUUCUUGGAGAAAAACAAGGACACAGUUAACGAGGAACAGAUCAAUGUGCUGAAAAAGAGCAAGUUUAAUUUGCUGCUAAAGCUGUGUGAGGAGGAAGACAAAGCAACAGCUUCUACCAGCAGGUUAUCCAGCAUCAUUGGAAAAGUUGGGCAGACUCUAAGGGAAACCAAGAAGACUGUUGGUAUGCAGUUUCGACAGUCACUUCAGUUACUGAUGGAUACACUUAAUGCUACAACACCUCACUACGUACGUUGCAUCAAACCAAAUGACCUUAAAGCCCCGUUCACCUUGGACCCUGUGAGGGCUGUGCAGCAGCUUCGUGCUUGUGGUGUCCUGGAAACGAUUCGGAUCUCAGCUGCAGGCUUCCCAUCUAGAUGGACCUAUCAGGAGUUCUUCAAUCGUUACCGUGUCCUCAUAAGACACAAAGAAAUGCUUCCUGACAGGAAACAAACCUGCAGAAAUCUCCUAGAGAAACUUAUAAAGAAUCAAGAGAAGUACCAGUUUGGCAAAAACAAGAUCUUCUUCAGGGCUGGUCAGGUGGCUUACUUAGAGAAGCUCCGCUCUGACAAAUUACGUUCAGCUUGUGUUCGCAUCCAGAAGACGAUCCGCUGCUGGCUCGCCCGCAGAAAGUAUCUAAGGAAGAGAGAAUGUGCCAUCAUCAUCCAGAAACAUGUUCGGGGUCAUCAAGCACGCAGGUACGCCAUGUUUGUGCGUCAGACCAGAGCAGCUGUUGUUAUUCAGCGUAAUGUUCGGAUGUGGGCGAGGAGGAGAAGUUUCCUGCAGCAGCGCUCUGCUGCUAUCACUAUCCAGUGUUCCUGGAGGACUCACAUGGCUAGAAAGCAGUACUAUAAGUUGCUGUACGAGCACAAAGCAGUGAUCAUUCAGAAGUGGGGGAGACGCUGGCUGGCCAAGCAUCGCUACAAACGUGCGCUAUCGGACAUCGUUCUGCUGCAGAGUUGUGUGCGCCGCAUGAGGGCCAGGAGAGAACUGAAGAAGCUGAAAGUGGAGGCACGCUCAGUGGAGCACUUCAAGAAACUCAAUGUAGGCAUGGAGAACAAGAUCAUGCAGCUGCAGCUCAAGAUAAACAAGCAGAGUAAAGACAACCAAGAGCUCAGUGAGAGGCUGAGUGUCCAGGAGAGGACCCACACCACUGAGACAGACAGACAGAGCAGAGAGAUAGAAAACCUACGCAGAUCGGAGCAGGAGGCCAGAACCAAAGCAGAGACGGUUCCCUCUCUGCUGGAACGGCUCUCCUUCCUUCAGCAUGAGCUGGAAAACACCCGCAGAGAGAAGGAGGACCUGGAGGAGCAGAUACAGAUUGACAAGGAGCAAACACAAUGGGUGAUAGAGGAGCUUAAUAUAAAGAACAACUUCCUUAGCAGCAACGUUGAUGAACUGAACCUAAAAGUCUCUGAACAAGCUCAGCAGUUAGCAGAUAUUAAAUCCAGCUCUGAGAGCAGCGGACAGCUGGAGAAGGAGCUGACUGAGGAGCGUUCUCGCUACCAAAGCCUGCUGAGUGAACACCUGCAACUAGAGGAACGACUCAAAGACCUGAAAGAAGAGAUGAGUCUCAAUAUUGAUUCAAACAAAUCUAGUCACAAACGGACAGACUCCAACUACAGCAGUAACUAUUCUGAGUUUUCUCAGAGUUUAAUCUCUGCUGAAGGAGAGGACAGUUCCAUUCAAACAGAGGAUGAAAGCAUGUCUAAAGUGGACCUGCCAAUCCUCCUCAAGCUUCAGAGAAGGGUAAAGGAACUAGAGGAGGAAAAUCGAUCACUUUGGCAGCAGCUGGAUAAAAGAGAAGAAGCUCAACAGGAAAAGGAGGUGGAGGAGCAAAAAACUGUUGGCACAACAGAACUGGACUUAGAAAAGAUAAAGCGACACGAACUUGAGUCUGAGAACAAGAAACUGAAACAGGAUCUAAAUGAGCUUCGAAAGUCCCUCACCAGUGAGACCAGGGAGUUAGCACCUCCUGCUCCUGGUUCAGCGCCCUACAACCUUUUACUAGAGCAGCUCAAUUCCUCCAAUGAGGAGCUGGAGAUGAGAAAAGAGGAGGUGCUGCUCCUCCGCUCACACAUGGUCCGUCAAGAAGCUCUAAAACACAGGGAUUCUGUAUUUAGAGAAGGUGUGAAGUUGGAACUGAAUGAAAUUCCUUCAUUGCAGGAUCAUGAAAGGUCCUCUAACAUUCAUACACUGAAUGAAGAUGGAGAGCUGUGGUUGGCUUAUGAGGGUUUGAAAGAGACAAACAGACUUCUGGAGUGUCAGAUGCAGGAGCAGGAGCGUCUUCACAAUGAAUCAAACGGGAAGCUUGUGGAGGAGAUGAACAAACUGAGGGCUGAGAAGGAGCAGCAGCAGAAGCUGUUGGAUCAAAGCCUCCUUCUGCCCGAGGACGCCCGGGUCGAUGCAGCCCUGAAGCACGAGAUCACACGUCUCACCUCUGAGAACCUGGAACGAAUGGAGCAACAGGAACAUCAGGACAAAAUCGUACGCAAAUUAAAAAAACAGCUUAAAUUGUACAUGAAGAAGGUGGAAGAAUAUGAAGCGAGUUCUCAGCAGAUGAAUACUUCCUCUGUGAUGAGCACUCCCAUCAGGCCGGUGAACAUUCCCCGUAAGGAGAAGGAGUUCCAGGGUAUGUUGGAGUUCAAGGAAGGAGACACAACCCGCUUGUUCAAGAAUCUGAUCAUAGAUCUGAAGCCUCGUGGUGCAGCAGUCAACUUUACCCCAGGGCUUCCUGCCUACAUCCUCUUCAUGUGCCUCCGUUAUGUAGACAAUGUGAAUGACGACAAGAGAGUCAUCUCUCUCCUGAACUCCACCAUCAGCAGCAUCAAAGGGGUCAUAAAGAGGAAAGGAAACGAUUUGGAGGUGGUUUCAUUCUGGCUGGCUAACACAUGCAGGUUGAUGCACUGUCUGAAGCAGUACAGUGGAUUAGAGGUCUUUGUGACACAAAAUACAGCUAAGCAGAAUGAGCAGUGCCUGGUUAACUUUGAGCUGUCAGAGUACCAUCAGGUUUUGGGAGAUUUGGCCAUCCAGAUUUACCGUCAGCUCAUCAAAUGCAUGGAGAACAUCAUCCUGCCCAUCAUUGUGGCAGGCAUGCUGGAGCACGAGACGAUACAAGGAGUUCUAGGGUCCAAACCCACAGGCCUGAGGAAGAGGAGCUCCAGUUUCCACGAGGAGGCCGUGACUGUGGAGGUCCUCCUGCAGCGCCUGACCUUCUUUCACACCACCAUGAGUCAACACGGGAUGGACUCGGACCUCAUCAAACAGGUGGUCAAGCAGCAGUAUUACAUCAUCUGUGCUGUCACUUUGAACCACCUGCUGCUGCGGAAGGACAUGUGCUCGUGGAGUAAAGGCCUACAGAUCAGGUACAAUGUUUGGCAGCUGGAGGAAUGGCUGACGGAGCGGGAGCUGAGUAAUUGUGGUGCAAAGGAGACUUUGGAGCCUCUGAUUGAGGCUGCUCAGCUUCUACAGAUCAAGAAAAAGACUGAUGCAGACGCCCAAGCCAUCUGCAGCAUGUGCACUGCCCUCACCACAGCACAGAUUAUUAAAAUCUUGACCUUGUACACGCCGGUGAUUGAGUUUGAAGAGCGGGUCUCCACCACCUUCAUCGCAACUAUUAAAAGUCUGUUAAAAGACAAGAACACGUCUUCCACCUUAACAAUGGACGCCAAGAAAAUCUUCUCGGUUGUGUUCCCAUUCACGCCUUCCUCCGUCGCUCUGGAGACCCUUCAGAUCCCCGCUAGCCUUAAUCUGGGAUUCCUUACACGCAUCUAGGUCAAACUUUUGAAGACUGCACUUUGAGAUGUCUGCUGUUUACCAGAAAGACCAAAGACAAAGUUUUAUUUCAACCAAGUUUGUAUCUGCAAGAAUAUGUCAAUGAUGAAUUAGUGCCACGAAACUCAACUAGGUUAUUUUAUGAAUCUGUUUUUUUUCUCCCUUAUUAUAUUUACAAAUGUUACACCAAAGAGAAAAUUGUUUAUGGUCUCUCAGAGGUCAUCUCUUGAACAGUUAUUGCUGUCAGUUUUGAACAUUGUUAUGCAGACAGUGCCUUAACGUAGGUGAGGGUCCGGAUUGUGACAUUUCACAUAUUGAUAUGUUAAAUAUGUCAAUGUCAGCAGAUAAUCGAGGUGUUUUCAUGUCUAAAACUCAUAAAAUGGGCAAAUAUGUGCAAUAUUAAAAUGUCAGUGCCAUUUAUGUAAAUUCUAAGAAUCUUGCACUUUUGUAUUCAUUCCAUAAAAAUGUUUAACUGCUCUAGUUAAGGUAUUUGUUCCAGAACAAGCAGAAGGAAACAAAAUAAAGAUAGAUUUGCAUUUAAGUAGUCAUGUUGUUGUGGGUCAGAGUAAAAGACUAGUUCUCUAAUAAGAUAGAAUUAUUUUGUAUUUUCAUUGUCUAAUAUAAUAUUGAGAAAUAAAUGUUUAUCUACUCAUAAGCGAA